CGUGUAUUAUUCGAGGAAUUGCACCGCCAUAGACACACGUCAUGGCUGCUCUGUUGAUCUGAACAAGAAAUGCAAACCACAGGAAACUGACAGUUGUUUUUCUUCUUCUUAAAAAAAAAAUUUUUUUUUAUCUGCUGAGGAAGAGUCCCCUCUUUUUCUUCCUACUUAAAAAUUCUUGCUAUUUUCCAAAGCAGGAUUCAUCAGGAUUCGCCUGAAGACUUCUGAAAAAGCCUUCGUCACAUUUUAACGCAUCUCUGUCAGACACUUCUGGGGCUCAUCCACAGGAGCUGGCCAAGGGAAGAACAAACCUUAACAUGAAAUAAUGGGUUUUGGAAAGUUCAAGAGAUCAUUUGAAGGAAGUGGAUUUACCUUUGGCACAGAUGCAGGAUGGAGAGGGGGUAGGUGAAAAAGCAAAGAUUGGAAGGAAUUAUCUGCGAAGGUAGAAAAAGGAAAAUUGAGAACUGAUUGGCUGUAGUUGCUGUCAGCGGGUGGAUGUCGUUUUCUUCUCUCUCUCUUUUUGCUACAGGAAGUGAUUUGCGGAGCUCACCGAGCCUUUGUUGAGAAGGGUCUCGUCAAAGUGAGUCACGCUUUUGCUGGGAGCAGCCCCGUGCAGCUGGGCGCUCCAUCAGCGGCAAGUAUGACUUUUGCAAGGCAAGCGUUCCACCCCAACCCGCUGUCUCCCGGGCCCGCGUUGCGUGGCGGCCGCUCUGCUGCUUUGUAACGGUGUAAGGGCUCGGUCGUCGGCCUCGGCUGUCCCUCUCUGGAAAGGCUGACCUGGGACUCCAGUUCCUCGUCCCGCUCCGGGGCCGGCGGUUCGUGUGCUAUGCGCGGCAGUCCGCGCCGGGGCCGGCACCAGCAGCGCCCAGGCGGAUGCGGCGAGCCCACGGAGGGGCAUGCUUCCACGCACCAAGUACAACCGCUUCAGGAAUGACUCGGUGACAUCGGUCGAUGACCUUCUCCACAGCCUGUCGGUGAGCGGCAGCGGCAGCAAGGUCUCGGCGGAGCCCGCGGCGACCCCCUACUUGGUGUCGGGCGAGGCGCUGCGCAAGGCGCCGGACGAUGGGCCCGGCAGCCUGGGCCACCUGCUCCACAAGGUGUCCCACCUGAAACUCUCCAGCUCCGGCCUGCGGGGCCUGUCGUCGGCCGCCCGGGAGCGGGCUGGAGCGCGGCUCUCGGGCAGCUGCAGCGCGCCCAGCCUGGCGGCCCCGGACGGUGGCAGCGCGACCCCCGGGUCCCGCGCCCCCGCCGCCAGCAUGAGCGCCACCAGGAAGAGCCGGGCCGCCGACGAACCGCUACCUAGGCCCCCGCGGGGCGCACCGCACGCCAACGACCAGGUGCUGGGGCCGGGAGUCACCUAUGUGGUCAAGUACUUGGGCUGCAUUGAAGUUCUGCGCUCAAUGAGGUCUCUUGACUUCAGUACAAGAACUCAGAUUACCAGGGAAGCCAUCAGCCGUGCCUGCGAAGCUGUGCCAGGUGCCAAAGGAGCCUUCAAGAAGAGAAAGCCUCCGAGUAAAAUGCUGUCCAGCAUCCUGGGGAAGAGCAACCUCCAGUUCGCAGGGAUGAGCAUCUCCCUGACCAUCUCCACCGCCAGUCUGAAUCUGCGCACUCCUGACUCCAAACAGAUCAUAGCAAACCAUCAUAUGCAGUCCAUCUCCUUUGCCUCAGGGGGAGACCCGGACACCACAGACUAUGUCGCCUAUGUUGCUAAAGACCCUGUCAAUCGCAGAGCGUGCCACAUUCUGGAGUGCUGUGACGGGCUAGCCCAAGAUGUCAUCGGCUCCAUCGGACAAGCCUUUGAACUUCGGUUCAAGCAGUAUUUGCAGUGUCCUUCCAAGAUUCCUGCUCUCCAGGACCGAAUGCAGAGUCUGGAUGAGCCGUGGGCAGAAGAGGAGGGAGACGGCCCAGAUCAUCCAUACUACAACAGCGUUCCCAGCAAGAUGCCUCCUCCAGGAGGGUUUCUUGAUGCUCGACUGAAAGCCAGACAUCAUGCUCCUGAUGCAGCCCAGUUUUCAGGAAAAGAGCAAACUUAUUACCAGGGAAGACACUUAGGAGAUGCAUUUGGUGAGGACUGGCAGCGAGCACCCACCAGGCAAGGAUCCUUGGACACCUAUAGCACACCAGAAGGGAAAGUGCACAUGGCUUCCGUAGGGGAAACACCGACUUAUGUCAACACCCAGCUAGUCCCGCCACAAGUCUGGCCGGCAGCAACCAGCAGCACAGAGAGCAGCCCCCGGAAGGACCUCUUUGACAUGAAGCCUUUUGAAGAUGCUCUCAAGAACCAGCCCCUGGGGCCCAUGCUGAGCAAAGCAGCGUCUGUGGAGUGCAUCAGCCCCGUCUCACCCAGAGCCCCAGAUGCCAAGAUGCUGGAGGAGCUUAACGCUGAGCCCUGGUACCAAGGAGAGAUGAGCAGGAAGGAGGCAGAGGCACUACUGCAGGAUGAUGGAGACUUCCUAGUGAGGAAGAGUACCACCAACCCCGGCUCUUUUGUCCUCACGGGCAUGCACAACGGCCAGGCCAAGCAUCUGCUGCUGGUGGACCCAGAAGGCACGAUACGGACAAAGGACAGGGUCUUUGACAGCAUCAGUCACCUCAUCAACUACCACCUUGAGAGGAGCCUGCCCAUCAUCUCUGCCGGGAGUGAGCUUUGCCUCCAGCAACCUGUGGAGAGGAAACACUGAGCUGGCGUGGCGCCACACCCCCAUACCUUGUGCCAGGUCAGGGGGACCUGUGCUCUACUGCUCUCGGCCUAUGGGAACUGAAACAGCUGUGGCUCAUCGCCGUCUCCAAAAGCGCCCCAAGGGAGGUUUCCUUCCAGCUCAAACUUCAUAAACAUGUUCCACACACAUCUCAGAUACAUAUUAGAGGUGUAUAUACCCACACUUCCUGUAAAAAUGGCCCCUAUAUUUAUAUUUUUAAGACUAAGAAAGAUGUGAGACUAAUGCUGAAUGCUCUAUGUUUUUAGUGAGAGGCAAGUUUGACUGUAGUUAGUUGUUCAGGCAAGAAAUUUAACUCAACUGACCUAUUCUACCGGGGAAUUUUGCUAGGAAGGUGUAACCUGCAGUUAUAUAUAAUAAGCACAACACAUGAUGAGUGCAGUGAGUUCGUAGGUUUGACCAGGACAAACAGAAUUAGGAUAGGAUACAGCAGCGUGCUGCCCAAACACCUGCCCCUGCCCCUGCAGUUCUGUGUGAGUUCUGGUUCCAGGCUGAUGCUCUGCUCUGUUCAUGGACAGAGGUGGCUCCUCUGGCUCUGGCUUGCUGGGUGCUGCCUCCCAUGCUCCUAAUCGAUGUCCUAUGAGUGAGUUUUCUACCAUAGGUUGACUCACUGACACCUCAUGCCAAAGCAGGGGGUAUUAUGGCUCAUCUGGGUCAUGUUUCAGCAUGAGGACCUAUCACCUUUGACCUCUGCUGUGUGUGUAUGGAUUGGGGGGAUUCAUUUGAGGUCAAAUAUGAUACAAAAUAAGACUUAAGAUGUCUGACUUACAAAUGCUUCCUUUGUUUUCAUCAGUAUAGUGACUAAAUGAAUGUCUGUGGAAGGUAGGAUGGGUGUAUUCCUGGUCUGUAUGUCAAUCAAGCCAGUGGGUCCAUCACAGGCUGUGUUUGGAAGGUGCUGGUGAAAUGGCCUCCCACCUACCUCUUGUAUUCAGGAGAACAAAAAUCACAUGUAAGAGCCUUGAAGGGCCUGUACCAGUUUCUGGCUAGAAUUGAGCCU